UUGGAAAAUUUGAAUUUAAUCUCCACAUAGCACAAAGCGCAAUUUGAAUUUCCAAUCGAGAGAAAAACAAAUGGGAAAUGAAUACAGUGAUGCAACCCAUGAACUUGUGAAACUCUUCAGAAAAUCAAACCAAGAUCUUGAUUUUGUUCACCACCGUCUCGAAAACGAGUUUCAACACCUUUACCCUAACAAUGCAAAUCCUAUGAAGCUUGCAUCUAGGGUCAAAAAGGUACAGGAAGAUGUUUCAUCUUUGAAGGAAAAGUACCCCGAGCUUCUUGCUGCUAAGCAGGAUUUGAUUGAUAAAGCUCAGAGAGUUUUGGUUGAGAGUAGGAAUUUAUUGAAGCGUAUGAAAUCGUCUGUUGGUAUCCCCUUUACCUAUGAAGAUGAGGAUGCAUUCACUAACUUCAAACAGGUGAUUGAUGAAUGGACAGAUCAAACAAGAUCAAAAACAGGAAUUGAACCACAUGAUUCAGAUUCUAGUGAUCUCAACAAACUACUCUUCUCUGCCAUAGUUCAAAGUGAUUGAACUGCUAUCCCAGAUAACCAAAAUAUCAUGUAUGUUGCAAUUUAAGUCCAGUUCCUUGGGUUUUCACAUAUAGAUAGAUACUGUACACUUGUAAUGUAAUACAAAAUAGAACUUUUCUGCCAAUUUGUUAUUCUUCUUAUAAGAUGCAGUGAGUGUUUGGAUCAGUGCUGGAAAGCAAACAAACACGCAAUAAUAUUGAAGCUAUGCAUUGUCGCACUGUAGCUUUCAAGGCGAAAAACAUUUGGGCGUGGUUUCUAUUGUUUCAAACAUGCUGCUGGUAGCUGUUUUGGGUUCUCUAACUUUGUGCUUCUUUGUGGUAUUACUAGCAGAAAACAAAAUUGAUUUUACUUUAAAUGUAAGGAAAUGAAAUUGUGUACACAAAGAAACAACAUGGUAGGAACAAAAAUAGCAUCAACCAGUAUGGUGAGCAAGAUGGAACAUCCACAAUCUGUGAUUCUGUGUAAUAGAUUGAAAACUGAAUGUUAUGAAAAUAUACAUACAUGACAAAAAGAACCUUAAGUAAGAACUACAUAUAUAUCAGUGCUAAUUGGUUUAUCCUUGGC